CCCCUGCUCCUGGCCCAGCUCUCCAGUUCAGGAAGGUAGAGCUUCGGCUGAGGACAAGGGGAAGAUGCCGCGCAAGAUAGAAGGCUUUUUGUUUUUACUUCUCUUUGGCUAUGAAGCCACAUUGGGAUUAUCGUCUACAGAGGAUGAAGGCGAGGACCCCUGGUACCAAAAAGUAUGCAAGUGCGAUUGCCAAGGAGGAGCCAGUGGUCUGUGGUCUGCCAGCGUCACGUCCUUGGACUGCAUACCAGAAUGCCCAUAUCACAAGCCCCUGGGUUUCGAGUCAGGGGAGGUCACACCGGACCAGAUCACUUGCUCUAACCCAGAGCAGUAUGUAGGCUGGUAUUCCUCGUGGACUGCAAACAAGGCCAGGCUCAACAGUCAAGGCUUUGGGUGCGCCUGGCUCUCCAAGUUCCAGGACAGCAGCCAGUGGUUACAGAUAGAUCUGAAGGAGAUCAAGGUGAUUUCAGGGAUCCUCACCCAGGGUCGCUGUGACAUUGAUGAGUGGAUGACCAAGUACAGCGUGCAGUACAGGACCGAUGAGCACCUGAACUGGAUUUACUAUAAGGACCAGACUGGAAACAACCGGGUCUUCUAUGGCAACUCGGACCGCACCUCCACUGUUCAGAACCUGCUGCGGCCCCCCAUCAUCUCCCGCUUCAUCCGCCUCAUCCCACUGGGCUGGCAUGUCCGCAUUGCCAUCCGGAUGGAGCUGCUGGAGUGUGUCAGCAAGUGUGCCUGAUGCUCACCUCGGCUCGGCACCAGCCUGGGGGUGGCCAGCACACAGUGGGCCCGUAGGAGACCCCUGACACACCACCAGGGUGGACAGGGCUAUAUUUCACAAAGUAAUUUUAACUGAAGUAUGGGGUAGAGAAUGUUGCUUUUUUUUUUUUUAAGAUAUAGCUUUCUGAUUUCAAUGAAAUAUAAAUGAACUUAUUCCCCACUCAGGGCCAGAGAAAGUCAGAACAAAGAAAAUGGCCCCGAAACCAAUUUUCUUACAGCAAGCCUAAGUAGCAGGGGUAAUUUGCUGCUCAUUUCUUUUUCUCAGUGACACUAUGAAAGGUGCAGUCUCAGGAGAACACAAAGCAGCCCUGAUAAUUUGCAAAGUCCUUUGCUUUACCACAUUCAAGACAAAAACGGUUUCCUAAAGCCUGGCUUCAAAUGCAGAAAGGAGCAGUUCCUCCUGGUUAAGUUUCCACUAAAUCAUCGCCAAAGAGGACUUCACAGCCCUGGGGAGAGAGCUGAGAGUCUCCAGGGUGACUGGGUGGCAGGGAUAAGUGUGGUGGGUGAGAGUCCCGGUGCCCUGAGAGGCUGUACAUUACAAAUGACCAAAAGCUCAAGUUAGGGGAGGUCCCUCUGCUUGCAGUUCUUACCUUCAAGGUCCACCCCCGACCAACCCAGGGAUCAGGGAGGGUCCAGAGCUCCCUAUACACACAGCUCCAUUCUGCAAUCCAUUCCUGCAAAUUCCCCGCAUCUGUGGUCCCCAUUUAGGUGAUCACACAGCACAGGCUGUACAUCUAAGUAUAUGUAGGGACCCCAAAUGACCAUAGAGCAGCACAAUUACCCUUUACCUAGGGCUACCAUUUCACAGCAAACUAAACAUAUUUCGAGAACAGCCGGCCCGGGAGCUACCACUGGCUACUCAGAGGCCCAUUAGAUCGCUACAGGCUUAGUAGAAGUGGGAAGCACUCACAUCAUAAAAAGGACCACGUGGCUUUUUCCCUGAAAGCUUCUCACCCUCUACCUUCUGCCUUGUGCCUGCUCCUGAAAAGCUCUCUGGGAAGCAGUGGACCUCACCUUCGCUUCCUGGAGGCGGCGCCUUAGAUUGAGAGGCUUCAUUGGCCACUUAGAGCCCAGGCGGACUUUCCAGGCCCCUCCCUGGGAGAGGCUGUUAAACACCGGGGAGGAGCAGGAGAAGUAUAUGGAGAGGAAGUGGUGGAAGGAGAGAAUGAGGCUGCUCCAAAGACUGUCCUGGCCCUAGACACAGGGUAGCCUUUGCUAGGAGCUCAUUUCUGAGUUACUUUUUGUUUUCAAAUGCCAAGGCAAGUGAUCAGACUCGCGCUAACACAGUCCUGGACAACACAUUCACCUUCCCUGUGAACAGAGAGCCUUCUAAAAGCCCCAGAUAUCCUCCUUGAUGUUUUGGGGGUUCAAUUAUUUCAUAUGCAACCCAGCAUCAUUCUAGUCCCCAUGCUGUAUGCUUGAACUUCGGAAAACGAUUUUCCCUGCCCAAUCUUGUCUCAAAUAUAAACAUAUCACACAGGGUGUCGGGGGAAAAUCCUCUCCCUGGCCUUAGGACACAGGAAAAAUCUAUUUCGGAAAGAAAUGCCUGAACAGAGAGAGACCCUUAUUUGGAAAGGUGAAUUAACUUUGGUCACGACAUGGACUGUCAGACAAAAUGGCAGUAUCCUAAGAAUUAAGGACUUCCAUAACCGGCACAUCAAACACAGGAGUCAAGAGAGUGCAGUUCAGGGAAAAAGGAAAGGAGGAAACUGAGGCAGGGGAAAAAUGUUCUCCAAAUAAUUGUUCAUGUUGGAAACUUUUGUAAUGGCUUUAUUGAAAUUUAAGUUCACAUACAAUUUGCAUCCAUUUAAAGUGUACAAUUUGAUGACUUUUGGUAUAUUUAGAGUUGUGCAACCAUUAUCACCUAAUCAAUUUUAGAAAAUUUAUCACCCCAAAGAGAAAUCCUGCACCCAUCAGCCAUCACUCCCCAACCCAUCGGCCACACCAAGCCCUCUGUGAUCACAAAUCUACUGUCUCUAUAGAUUGGCCCAUUCUGGAUGUUUUCCAUAAAUGAAAUCAUAUAGUAUGUGGGAUUUUGUGACUGGCUUCUUUCACUUAGCGGUGUCUUAAAAUUCAUCCACGUUGUAACAUGUGUAUCAUUAUGUCACUUAUUGCUGACAUCACAGUUCAGUAUCAUGUCAAGACCACAGUGUUAUUUAUCCAUUCAUCCAUUGAUGGAUAUUUGGGUUUCCACUCUUUAGCUAUUAUGAACAAUGCUGCUAUGAACAUUUAUGUAUAAGUUUUUGUGUGGAUGUGUUUUUUCAUUUAUCUUGGGUAUACACCUAGGAGUAAAAUUGCUGGAACACAUGGUCACUCUUGUUUAAUCUUUGGAGGAACUAUCAUCCCAAGUGACUGCAUUAUUUUACGUUUCCACCAGCAAUGUAUGAGGCUUCUACUUUCUCCACAUCCUGAGCAACACUUGUUACUGUCCAUCUUUGAUUAUACCCAUCCUAGUAUGUGUGAAGUUGCAUCUCACUGUGGUUUUGAUUAGCAUUUCCCUAGUGACUAAUGGCCAUUUGCACUUCUUUGGAGAAAUGUCUAUUCAGAUCCUCUGCCCAUUUUAAAUCGGCUUACAACUUACUGAGUUUAAGAAUUCUUUGUAUAUUCUAGGUAUAAUUCCCUCUUUGGAUAUGACUUGCAAAUAUUUUCUCCCAUUCUGUGGAUUUUUUUAAUCCUCUUGAUAGAGUCCUCUGAGGCACACAUUUUUAAACAUUUGAUGAAGUCCAAUUUGUUUUUCUCUUUGCUUGUGCUUUUGGUGUCAUAUCCGAGAAACCACUGCCAAAUUCAAGGUCAUGAAGAUUUAACCCUGUUUUCUUCUAUAAGUUUUAUUGUUCUACUUCUUACAUUUAGAUCUUUGGUCCAUUUUGAGUUAAUUUUUGUAUAUGGUGUGAAAUAGGAGUUCGACCUCAUUCUUUUGCAUGUGGAUAUCCAGUUGUCCCACCACCAUUUGCUGAAAAGACUAUUCUUUCCCCCACUGAAUGAUCUUGGCACCCUUGUCAAAAACCAGUUGACCUUAAUUGUGAGAGGGUUUAUUUCUGGAGUUCGAAUUCUAUUACCUCACUUUAUUCAUUACUGUAGCUUUGUAUUAUUGAAAUUGGGGCAUGUGAGUCCUCCAACUUCGGUCUUCAGGAUUGUUUUGGCUAUUCUGGGUUCCUUGAAUUUUCAUAUGAAUUACAACUAACUUGUUCAUCACUGUAAAGAAGCCAGCUGGGAUUUCACAUUGGAAACCGCUCAAUACUUCGGAAUUUAAUAAACAAUAAGAUAUACGAUUCGUAAGACAUUUAUCUGCAGGUAAUUUGCUUACAACAGCGUAUUAUUUACUUCAUUCAAUUCAUGACAGAAUGUAUAAAAACUAAAACUUUUAUUGAGGGAAAUCUGAAGCCUAACAGAUUCUUGCUGUCAAACACACAAACUAUGCUUCAGUGUCAUUUCUUUUGUGGGGAAAACUUUCAAAUUAAAAAUUAUACGUAACAUAGGAAAAACUCA